CGAAAUUCCAAACUCACUCAUCAUGUCUGGCGCUCCAUUUUCAUCUCAAGAGGUUCAGGAGACUGCGAAAAGCGAGGUUACCGUCGGAGGGGUUACGCUCGUAAUCUCGAAAGUCCACCUAUGGAGAAAUGACCAACCACGUCUCAUGACCGUUGCUGAAGAGGCGGAAGUGUCCAGACACCAGGAUGCUCGCCCAGUCCACGUUACGCUCACCAUCCGUCGCAAGGAAAACCAGACCAGCGAGGAGAGCCUCACGGACUCUGCGCUACCCUACGUCGUUGCCCUCCAUAUACUUCGCACGAAUGGACCUAGCCUAGCUCUUCCGCCGACGGAAACACCUGAGCCGGAUGCUCCCAACUCGGCACAUUUCGCGUGGCCCGCCCCUCCUGAAGUCCUCGACGCCACCAAGCUCACGGAUCAGGAUGCGACUGCUGGAGGGUUCUUUCUUGCGGGGUCCGUCGACGGCGGUUCUGGCUUGACGCUGUCAGCCUGGGACGGGCCACGAUGGGGAAGUCUGAGAAACGGGAUCGACGACACGAUAAACUAUAACGCUGUUGUCGAAUUUCAGGGUGGAAUAUUCUUGAAGAGCGGUAAAGAGAGGAUGAUGGUAGUCCACUAGGAGACUGAGCUACAUGUCUCUUACCACAAUGUGGACCAGGUUCAAGUUGUGUCUGUUCAUUCACGGUCUCGUCGUCGGUCACUUACGUUUUAAUGGGUAGCAGGCUCUUUUUGUCGGGGUUUUUCUUUGGUCUUUACACACGGGAUAGGUCUAAAUACUUUGUCACGAGUUCAUCAAUUU